CAAGAUCGAAAUCUGACAGAACUGUUUACCAGUCACUAAGGACAGCCUCACACGGUUGUUUCUGUAGAGUCUAGGGUUUAACAAUUGGUAAAUCAUUCGUGAAUACAGAUAGCUGAAGCAUGUCAAACUAUGGGAGUAACUAUGGUGGAAGCUAUGGUGGCGGUUAUGGCGGGGGUUAUGGGGGUGGAGGAGGGUAUCCCCCUCCCAGCAGUGGCCCUCCACCCCCACCAGGUGGUUACGGGGGAUACGGGGGUGGCUCUGCCUACAAUGUGAAUGGAUACGGAGGAUACGGAGGAGGAGGAGGAGGAUAUGGUGGUGGAUAUGCUGUAGGCUCUGCUCCUCCCCCUGGGGGACAAUAUGGUGGUGCUUAUGGUGGCGGAUACCAGAGUGGUGCGGUGGCUGGAUUUACUGUUCCUGCUGUACAGCAGUGCUCCAAUAUGUAUCAAGGAAUGAUGCCCCAGCAACAACAGAUGCCACAAACUGUCAACUAUGAUUCCUACAACAACAUGAUGUUACAACAACAGAUGCAGAUGCAGCAAAUGUUCCAGCAACAAGCCAAGGCAGAGAAGAAGACGAGAAGGAGAAGGGAGAGGCAAGAAGAACAAGGGGAGGAAGAAGAAGAAGAAGAGGAGCAGGAAGAGGAGGGGCUGUCUGAUGAGGUGAAGGCGCAUCUGAAAUCUGUGUACGUUACAGAAUGUAUGAAACGUCUGCAGCUGUCUGGAACAUUUGAUUUGACCUCUGGUACUGUGACGGGCUUACACGUGUAUCCAGACACUGACCCAGUCGUGGCAUACCACAAUAGUGAUGAUGAACAUGCUGAGGGAACAGAUAUUACUGGUCAAAAAUGGAGCUCGGAAUACGACUGUCUUUACCUCAGAUGGGCAAUGAAGGGUUUAGGCACAAAUGAGCAAGCAAUCAUCGAUGUCGUUGCCACGAGAAACAACUCACAGAGACAGCAGCUCAAGGAAAAAUUCAAAACAGCCUUUGGCAGGGAUCUGAUUAAAGACAUCAACGGAGAGCUGAGUGGUAAUUUCCGUGGAGCUGUUCUCGGAUUGUUUGAGCCCCCCGCACGAUACGAUGCCUGGUCCAUCAAGGAGGCUAUUUAUGGCCCCGGGACAGACGAGCGUAGCUUGAUUGAGAUCAUGAUGACUAGGACCAAUGCUCAGAUAAAGGAGAUGCGAGAAUGUUAUGGAGAGGUUGUCAGUCCAAGCCGCAAGGUGACAAAAAACAAGAUUGAGGAUGACAUUAGGGAUGAUACUUCUGGGGACUUCAAGCAUCUCCUCAUCUCAGUAGCCCAGGGAGGAAGAGAUGAGAUAACUGUAGAGCAGCUUAAUGAUGGUGUAGUAGAGAUUGAGCGUGAUGGGGUAGGCACUGGACUCUUCCAAGUGGACUUCAAAGAGCUAGCUGAUAUGGAUCAAGCCAAAAGAGAUGCCACAAAACUGUUUAAGGCAGGAGAGGACAAAUGGGGCACUGAUGAGGAAACUUUUAUCAGGAUAUUUGCAACCCGAGACCCAUAUCAGCUUCGCGCUACCUGGGAUGAAUAUGUCAAGCUCACUCAACGAGACAUUUUAAACUCUGUUGAUCGGGAAACAUCUGGAAACUUUAAGAAGGCACUGUGCACCAUUGUGGCUAGUAUUCGUUGCCGACCGAUGUUCUUUGCUGACCGUUUGGUGGAAUGCAUGAAAGGACUGGGAACCAAUGAUGACGAUCUAAUUCGUAUCAUUGUGUCCAGAUCUGAGAUUGACAUGGUACAGAUAAAGGAAUGUUUCCUCCAAAAGACCAAACAAACACUGUGGAACUGGCUGAAGAAUGACUGCAGUGGCGACUACAAGAGACUCCUUCAGCUUAUUGUUGGGAAAAACUAAGGGACACAACUCUAGUAGAACUAAAUAUUCCUGAUGAAUUAUCAGUGCUUAUGGAUACGUGACAAAAUCCGUUUUGUCAACUGUUAGAGAUUUUUUUAUUCAAAAUGAAGUCAUUGGAUAUCUUGUUCUGCCUUCAUAGGAAAGUUCUUCACUAUUCUCUAUUCAAAACACAGCGAUGGGAAAACAAUAUUUGCAUGCAGCAAUAUAUUUAAAUACCCUUCAUCCAUGCUGAUUUUUAAGUAGUAAAAUAUAAAAAUAUUGACAGACGUUUGUGAUGCACCCGUAUAAGUGUUUAAGUAAAAUUUGUAGACACUGCAGAACCUGUAUAUGUAUUUAUCACAUUUUACAUGUAAUAACAAACCUUGAGAUACUUUAAAUUUUGAUAUAACACCCUCGUUUCCUAUCCUUUCUUUUUAUCACCUUGUAUUUCCCUUUAUACACUUCCUGCAAUAUAUUAUUUUACUGUAUAAACCCACCUAGCGCCUCUUCAUGGAAAAUGCUGACUUAUUUUAAAAUAUGAUAUCAAAAUUAUGGUAAUACCUGUACAAAUGACCACCUUUACGUACACCCAUUGCUGUUGUACCUAUUUUCUGAGAAGUUAGAUUAAAGUCCUUCCGGAUUUGUCUUUGUAUGUGGUAGAGUGAUAGAAUUUUGAAUAGAUAGAAUGAGUAGCAGUGCUAGAAGACAAUUUUGUUUAAAAGAAAGCUAUUCUACCAUCUUGAUUUUACAAUUCUUACAUUUGUUAUAAUGUUUUAUCUUAUAAUACUGCAUUGUUGUCUUGUAAAUAAUUAUUCGUGCUUUUGCAUAUAAAUACCAGCAUCAUAUUUCCAUCCAGGUGAAUUCUUGUGUGUUUGGAACUUGUUACUUUGCAGGGUCCGAUUGUUCAAACUCAGAUUCAGUAACUUGACAAGUUGUUAAUUACAAAUCAUAUCAUAUUCUUGUCUUUAGAUGAUUGCUUUGAAUCCUGAUACACACAUCGUUAGUUUUGAAUCUCAAUAUUAAUUAAAAUUUGCUGGUUUGAAAUCUUCCAUUAAUUGUGGUGGGGGGUUUUCUUUUGAAAA